AUGGGCACCUUGCCUGCCCGGUGUCAUCGCGGGAGCAGCAUCAGCCCCGUUUUACUGAACGUGCAGGUGCCCAGGGAGGUUUACAUGCAAGACCUUUCUGCCCGGUGCCAGCUGAACGUGGCCCAGGGUCUCCGGAGCCGGAAAAGUAUCCGGAGCGUGAUGCAGAAGUAUCUUGAGGAGAGAAAUGAAAUCACCUUCGACAAGAUUUUCAAUCAGAAAAUUGGUUUCUUGCUAUUUAAAGAUUUUUGUUUGAAUGAAAUUAAUGAAGCUGUACCUCAGGUGAAGUUUUAUGAAGAGAUAAAAGAAUACGAAAAGCUUGAUAACGAGGAAGAUCGUCUGAGUCGAAGUCGGCAGAUUUAUGACACCUACAUCAUGAAGGAGCUGCUGUCUUGUUCGCAUGUGAGUGCUGCCUGUCGGGUCUGUCACUGCCAGAAUCAUUGAUCCGCUAAGCAAGUGACGUCUGCGCUCUUCCAGCCAUACAUAGAAGAAAUCUGUGAAAGUCUUCGAGGCAACAUUUUUCAAAAAUUUAUGGAAAGUGACAAGUUCACUCGAUUCUGUCAGUGGAAAAAUGUAGAAUUAAAUAUCCAUUUGACCAUGAAUGAUUUCAGCGUACAUAGGAUCAUCGGGCGAGGCGGCUUUGGAGAAGUCUAUGGCUGCCGGAAAGCAGACACUGGAAAAAUGUAUGCAAUGAAAUGCUUGGAUAAGAAGAGGAUCAAGAUGAAACAAGGAGAAACAUUAGCCUUAAAUGAAAGGAUUAUGUUGUCGCUCGUGAGUACAGGAGAUUGUCCUUUCAUUGUCUGCAUGACCUACGCCUUCCACACUCCAGAUAAACUCUGCUUCAUCUUGGACCUGAUGAACGGGGGCGACCUGCACUAUCACCUGUCACAGCACGGGGUGUUCUCCGAGAAGGAGAUGCGCUUCUACGCCACCGAGAUCAUCCUGGGGCUGGAGCACAUGCACCAUCGCUUCGUCGUGUACAGGGACCUGAAGCCCGCAAAUAUCCUCUUGGAUGAGUACGGACACGUCAGGAUAUCAGAUCUCGGUCUGGCCUGUGAUUUCUCCAAAAAGAAGCCGCACGCGAGCGUGGGUACGCACGGGUACAUGGCUCCCGAGGUGCUGCAGAAGGGGACGGCCUACGACAGCAGUGCGGACUGGUUCUCCCUGGGCUGCAUGCUCUUCAAGCUUCUGAGAGGAUCUGAGGUCUUCCUUUGGGGCCAUUCGGGGCAGAAGCUCCUCGGUGAAGCCUGUGACGUGCUCUGUUACCCUCCACCCCUGAUUCCUCCCCGGGGAGAAGUGAAUGCGGCCGACGCCUUCGACAUCGGCUCCUUUGACGAAGAGGACACCAGAGGCAUCAAGCUUCUGGACUGUGACCAAGAGCUCUACAAGAACUUCCCGCUGGUCAUCUCCGAGCGCUGGCAGCAGGAGGUGGUGGAGACCAUCUACGAAACAGUGAACUCGGACACGGAUAAGAUCGAGGCCAGGAAGAGGGCGAAGAACAAGCAGCUGGGCCACGAAGAAGAUUACGCCAUGGGAAAGGACUGUAUUAUGCACGGGUACAUGCUGAAACUGGGGAACCCGUUUCUGACUCAGUGGCAGCGUCGAUAUUUUUACCUCUUUCCAAACAGACUUGAAUGGAGAGGAGAGGGGGAGUCCCGGCAAAAUUUACUGACCAUGGAACAGAUUAUGUCUGUGGAAGAAACUCAGUUUAAAGACAAAAAAUGCAUUUUGUUGAGGAUAAAAGGAGGGAAGCAAUUUGUCUUACAAUGUGAGAGCGACCCCGAGUUUGUGCAGUGGAAGAAGGAGCUGACGGAGACGUUUACCGAGGCCCAGCGGCUGCUGCGACGAGCGCCCAAGUUCCUCAACAAGUCCCGCGCGGGCGUCGUGGAGCUCGCGAAGCCGCCCCUCUGCCACCGGAGCAGCAACGGCCUCUGACAGCCGGGACGCGGGUCCCGGGGAAGACGGUGCCUGGGGGACGUCCUCACGGGUGUUCUCGGCCCUGGACGUGGAGCCUUUCGGAGGAGGAGGAGGAGGAGGCCUAGAGGAUGGAUCGCUCAUCCCGGUCCUUGCAUCGCUGGGAAGACGCGGCCGCCGGGAUGCUCCUGCUCGCGGUCCUGACCAUUCUCGGCCCGGGCGGCCUCCCUCCCGUCCUGGGGGGCCCCCCCGCCAGCCUCAUAUUUGUCCACAGUCGAAACUACUGAGGAAAAGGAAGUUUUUUCUCCGCCGCACACUCAUUUUGGUACCUAUGAACCUAGAACUUGAGGCGAUCACUACUCACCAGUUUUUACGUCUGAUAUCAAACAUAUCUUGUACUUGUCCGGAUGGAAGGUGCCCGUCCGCCGUGUGGGCUCACAGGUCGCCCGGGGUCGCCGUGUUUUACCCAGAAACAGUCACUGCGGAUUUUCUACGUCGUUGCUCUCCAUGCUCCUGGGAUGGGAGGCCAGCCGUGUGAUUCUUCCGUGCAUCUCAGACCCGGCUCCGUGCUGUCCUGAGUUCGAAAGCUGAAGAUGCUUUCUGGGACGGUUGUGCUUGGGCCCCUCACCGUGUGGCUGCACCCCCAGCUGCGGGUCUGCCCCCCCCCUCCCCCAGGGAGCGCUCGUUGCGCUGGGCAUGGAGGGCACGGCCCCCGAGGACACGGGAGCCCGUGGGAACUGCCGGCGCUCGACCACUGGAGAUGUUGACAGCGAUUCCGAAGGCGAGGCCGGCGCGGGGUUUUAAACUUCAGGGUAAUGACGAUCGUCAGAAAUCUUCGAGGACACGAGCCGCACUUUCACGUGUCCGGGUGCACAGGGACAUUUGGGGGCGAGUCCGUUGCGUUUCGACAGCAGGCCGUGGUGUGACUCGGGCGAUCUGGUUCCUUCUGCCUGACCUCAGAGAACAUAUCAGCGAUGGAUGUGUGAAGGAAGGAAACUGUUGUACCUUUUGGUGUAAUUUAAAUGAAUUUUAUUGAAAAAAGAACGAAUGUGUCCCAAUGGGUUCCUUGUGUAUUUGGAUCUAUGUUGUCAUUCGUGAGUGACCCCGUGCCCUGGGCGGGUCGUCCCGUGACCGGGACGUUAGAGCGUGAAGACUCUUCGCCUGAUCCCAGCGGCGUCCUUUCCCCGUGGUUUUCCCCUGGCGAGUUCCAGGCCCUUCUCACGCCCCAAGUAAAUGCUGGGUUAUAAGAACCAGUGUGUUUGCCAGCAAAGCCCUCCGUGUCAUCAGACUAAAAAUAAUAACAGCAAUUUCAAAAAGUCCACUUGUUGGUCCUGUUCCCAGCGCACUUUUAUUGUUCGUUUCUAAGUUAAUAACAAUAUACAAAACUUGACAUCGUAA